GUCGAUGUGUGGGAGGUAUUUAGAAUGGCUGGCUCAGACACUUCCGAUUACAAAACGUCAAAUGUUUUUAAUUUUUAAAAACUACUAUAACUGAUUUAAUAAUGUCACAAUAAUGACUGACGGUAGACUGACAAACGGAUCUGCAAAGCAUGCUGCUCCUCUCAUCGGGGUACAGAGACAUGCACUGAGUUGGACUGAUGACCUUCCUGUCUGUCACUUGUCGGGGCUCGGAUUUUCAACCAAUCAGAUUUAUCGUGAAGAUGGUAAUCGACUAGAAGAACAUGAGUUUGAAGACAAAAGUUUUCAUUUCAGACCGUUUGAAGGUUGUUUCCUCUAUGGCGUGUUUGAUGGGCACAAUGGCAGUAAAGUUGCAAAUUUUGCAGCUCAGAGGAUGCCAGCAGAGCUCCUCUUCGAACAGCUUCAUGAGAAGAAGACAGAUGAUGAAAUCAAGGAAGUUCUGCAUCAGGCAUUUAUGGCAGUGGAGAAGGGUUACUUCGAAUCUCUUGAUGAUCUGCUGGCACAAAAAACGGACCUGCAGCUUUCUUUACCUGAGGGUAUUAAAGCGUAUGAUGCUGCACGACAGUAUCCUGACGUUGUCCAGAACCUCAACCGCAUAGAUGCAGAGAUGUCAGGGGGGACCACUGCGACAGUCAUUCUUAUCUAUAAUGACAGAUUGUUUGUAGCUAACGUAGGCAACACCCGAGCCUUGUUGUGUAUCAGUGAUCAGAACAAUUUACUUCGUGUGCUGCAGCUGUCUGUUGAUCACACGCUGGCCAAUGAAACGGAGCAGUUCAGGCUGGCAAACCUGGGCCUCGACGUGGAGAAACUGAAACAACUGCGCAAGAUAGGAAACUCGGACAACACCAGGUGUAUCGGCGACUAUUCCGUCAAAGGAGGAUACAAAGAUAUCGAGACUUUAAGCGGUGCCAAGAGUGAGCCAGUGAUAGCUAUACCUCAUGUUACUGGAGGCAUUGAGCUCGAACCCUCAUGUUGCUUCCUUAUCAUCAUGUCAGAUGGACUCUAUCAGGCUCUUCAGGAUGCUACAGGUACUGACAAAGUCAAUGCAGACAUCGUGGCUAUGGUUGUGCAGGAGUUUAGUGUUCAGACGACUCUGAAUGGCGUUGCCCAGGCAGUGGUGGACAAAGUGGUGAGGAUCCACCAUGACACGUACAUGACGCAGCAGGGUCACAAGAAACAGCUGUGUCAGAAGCGAGAUGACAUCACUCUGCUCGUUCGCAACUUCAACUAUCCUCUGUCGAACCUGAGCAGUCCCACGGGGGGGGCUAGGUACCCCGUUCCCACCCCUGUGCCUUUCUUUAACCCCAGACCCAUGCCUCCUUCCCUGUUGAUAUCAACGGGACCUGCCAGUCCAGUGAGCCCUUACUCCAACACGAACAGUUCAGUGAGCAGCUCGGGAGACACGCCCGUGACGCCGACCAACAACCCGCCGGGACAUUACCUGUCGACUGAGAACACUAACACCAGAACCAACAGCACCAACUCGACAGAGAGCAGCGGAGAGUCACGGCCCUUUCACCACGGUUAUGGUGAUACACCCAAACUGGAGCUGGAUGAAGACGGGAAAAUCGAGCCCUAUGUUGACUUCUCUGAUUUCUAUACGGCUCUUGCCGAACUGACUGUGGCACAGCAGGAAUCGCUGAGUGCCGAAAUGAAACCCAAGUCGGUGUAUGAUCCUCUGAUUGAGGAGAGUGAAUCACUGGAAGCAGGCUCUAAAGACUAACAAUUCUUCUUUAAUAAAUAUUGGAACAGAAAAAGGUCUAGAAAAAAAUACAGUGAAACUCCUCAAAAUAUGUACAAGUCGUGGUUUGACAGAUCCACUAGCCCUCUGUCACGGCUAGGGAAUUUGUUGUCUGGGCUAGUGGAAAUUAUCAACCCUAUUACUAUAAUACAUAAGGCACUAGCCAAAGAUUCUGUGAGGGCUAGUGGAAAUUAUCAACCCUAUUACUACAAUACAUAGGGCACUAGCCAAAGCU